AUGGCCGCCGCCAGCGAGGGCGGGAGGCGCCGGCGGCAGCAGCAGCGGCUGAGGGUGUUCUUCCUGCCCUUCUUCGCGCGCGGGCACCUCAUCCCGAUGACCGACCUGGCGUGCCACAUGGCCGCGGCGCGGCCGGCCAACGUGGAGGCCACGAUGGUGGUCACGCCUGCCAACGCGGCGCCGAUCGCCGCUACGGUGGCGCGCGCCGCGGCGUCGGGCCACGCCGUGCGCGUGCUCCGCUACCCUUUCCCCGACGUCGGCCUGGGCCCCGGCGUCGAGUGCCUGGGCGCCGCGGCCGCCGAAGACACCUGGCGCGUGUACCGGGCCGUGGACCUGUCGAGGACGGCCCACGAGUCCCUGCUCCUGGAGCACCGGCCCGACGCCGUCGUCGCCGACGUGGCCUUCUGGUGGGCCACGGGGAUCGCGGCCGACCUCGGCGUCCCGCGGCUCACGUUCCACCCCGUCGGGAUCUUCCCCCAGCUCGUCCUCAACAGCCUCGUCGCGGCCUGCUCAAGCAUCGUCUACCCCGGCGGGCCCCCGUUGCAGGUGCCCCUGCCCGGUGGCAAGGAUCAUGAGCAGAUCGCCAUCCCGGUGGCCGAGCUCCCGGACUUCCUCGUCAGGGACGACGACCACCUGGCCGCCAACUGGGGCCGGAUCAAGGCGUCCCAGCUCGCCGGCUUCGGCGUCGUCGUCAACACCUUCGCGGACCUCGAGCGGCCCUACCACGCCGACCUCGACGCGCGCCGCGCGUACCUCCUCCGCGAGCUCGCCCUUGGCCUCGAAACCUCGAACCAUCCCUUCCUGUGGGUUCUCGGCCAAUGCCAAGACUCCUCCUUCUUCCCGGACCAAGACUGGGAGGAGCGGGUGUCCGGACGCGGCAUGGUCUUGCGCGGGUGGGCCCCGCAGCUGGAGGUGCUGGCCCACCCGUCGGUCGGCGCGUUCCUGACGCACUGUGGCUGGAACUCGGUGCUGGAGGCGGCGUCGGCGGGGGUGCCGGUGCUGACAUGGCCGCUUGUGUUCGAGCAGUUCAUCAACGAGCGGCUGGUCGCCGACGUGGCGAGCUUCGGGUCGCGCGUGUGGGGCGGCGGCAAGCGCGGGGUGAGGGAGGAGGACGCCGAGACGGUGCCGGCGGAGGCGAUCGCGCGGGCGGUGGCCGGGUUCAUGGAGGACGGCGGUGGAGAGCGACGGAGGGAGAAGGCGAGGGAGCUGGCCCUGAGAGCGAGCGCGGCCGUCGGGGAGAACGGGUCGUCUUGGCGUGACAUCCGCCGUCUGAUCGAUGAUCUGAUGGAGGCUAGGGCGUCGUCGGGGGUACCUUGUGAUCAGGAACGACAAUAGCGGUCUUGCGGCUUGCCUCUGCGUGCGUGCUUGAAAUUGUACCUUCGCGUUUCAAUUUAUUGGAAUUUAGUUGCACGACGCAUUGUAUCUGACUGUACCUUAGGCUUAAUCUCAUAGCUUCAUUUUGUAAGAAUUCACUAGAUGUUAUUCCCUCAUCAUUUUCUCAGUUUUUCUUUUUGAGUAAUCAACGGGGGAAGGCUCUCCACCCUGAAUAUAUUCUCAAAAGCAGAGUUUAGAACAUUGAAGGUAUGUAA